UUAUAUUAACCCAAAUCACCCUGUGGUUGCCAUAUGGCAACGCUCGAUAGUCUUGCUUAAUAUGUCCACAAAAUUCCAAAGAAUGCAGAUACCGUUAUCUGUUAGCACGUGGCUGUUGCGUAAUUGAUCGCGCUUUCGGCAGCAUUCAUUUGCUCGUUAGUUGUAUUUGGUUCGUAGUCGUGAGUGCAUUGCAAAGUGUAUACAAAAUGUGGAGUGGGGAAAAACGUGAAAUUAAAAAGCAGGUUAGGCCACUGGAAUAUCUAACGUUGCAAGAAGCUUUGGAUUUUUUAGAGGAAUUGUGCUCUGAUGAUGAAAACGAUGUUCCUACUAAUAUCCAGGCACUCUACAUCGAGCCACCUUAUCAGGAUAGGGAUGUAAGUGGGGAAGAUGAUGGCGAGGAUGAAGGUGGAGUUCCGGACAAUGUAUGCCCAGCACAACUUAAAGCCGGAUGUGAAAUUGUAUUUGAAAAUAGUACGCGAAUGAAAACUAACGAUUGUAGACUAGAGGAUGUUGAUGACGAGGAACCUUAUGACGAUACUUUAGACGAUUGUUUGCCGAGCUCGUCCAAGAAAAUUUGUCGCCCAAUUCAAUCAAAUACUGGAGUACCACUUCCACCAGCUAACAAAGACAGCAAAUAUACUUGGCAAACCGCUAAUUCAUUACCAGUCCUUCCCAUAUUCCCUGAAACAAAUUUCGAAGAUUGUCGGGAUCUUAGACCUCAUCAACUUUUUGAGAAAUUUUUCAGCGAUGACUUGCUUGAACAUAUAUGCAAAUGUUCGAAUUUGUACGCUACGCAUCAUCAGAAACGAUACGAAGAACUUACUAUAGAUGAGUUACGUGUGUUCAUCGCAAUUUUGAUAGUAACUGGCUACACUUCUACAGGAGCCUUUCGAGACAUGUGGAGCUGCGAUGAUGACGUUCAAAACGUUAUGGUCUUCAAUGCUAUGCGAAGGAACCGCUUUGAGGAAAUCAACUAUAUGCUGCACUUCGAGUCCGCAUUGCACGAACCGUCUGCUAGUUCUGACAGGUUUGACACUCUUUGGAAACUACGCCCACUGACUGACCAUAUAAAGGCCAAAAUGACUGAAAACUUUCACCCAGAACAAAAUCUCUCAUAUGACGAAAGUAUGAUUGCAUAUUUCGGUCGCCAUGGAUGUAAACAGUUCAUAAAAGGAAAGCCAAUUCGUUUCGGAUACAAAGCUUGGUCUCUUUGCACUCCUAGAGGAUAUAUGAUCAAUUUUGAAAUAUACCAAGGUAAGAAUCCGAGGGUGAAUCCUAAAUAUGAAGAACGCUUUGGCACUUGCGCAGCUCCACUCUUGUGUAUGAUUGACGAAUUUUCGGAAGAGGUGCAAGGACUUCCGUUAUCCUUUUACUUUGACAAUCUUUUCACUGGAAUACCAUUGAUGAUUUAUUUGAAAAAAAGAGGUUUCCAGGCUACCGGUACAAUUCGAGAAAACCGAAUUCCAAAAAGUUGUCCUAUUCCACAUAAGAAGGAUUUGCGUAAACAGCAAAGAGGAUAUUACGAAAGCGUGGAAAUCAAAGAAGAGUCAAUUUAUCUGACUAAAUGGGUAGAUAACUCGUAG